CCACGUCCGGUGGCGGCGGGGGCCGAUGGCGGAGCCAGCACGGGGCACGGAGCCGCUGUGGCGAACACCCCCGGGCCGCCUGGCCCCGCCGCACGUCUACCGCAUGGCCGAGGCCUUGGGCGCCGAGCUGCGCCGUCUCUCGGGCCGCUUUGGCCCCGACGCCGUGGCCGGGUUGGUGCCGCCGGUCGUGCGGUUGCUGGAGCUGCUGGAGGCGUUGGUGGCACCGGUGGGUUCCGAGGGUGAGGCGGUGCUGUCCGAGCAGCGGGAUGCGGAGGACCUGGAGCAGAGGCUGUGGGAGGCCGAGCGCCGGGAGCGAGCCCUGCGCAGCCGCCUGGCCCAGCUGGAGGAGCACAACCAGCGGCUCCUGGGGCAGCUGGAGGAGAGCCACCACCAGGAAGACAGCACAGCACGGAAGGAACGAGAGGUGAUGCUGCGGCUGAAGGAGGUGGUGGACAAGCAGAGGGAUGAGCUCCGUGCUCAAGCACAUGAGAUCGUCUGCAAGAGCCGAGACACGGAGGCGCUGCAGGAGCAGCUGCACCGCUUCAUGUCCAUGAACGAGGAGCUGCGGCACAAAGUGGCCGUGGUGCAGGCGCAGCUCAAGAGCGCUCUGGAGAAGAAGUCGGACCUGGAGGCGGCGGUGCUGCAAACCCAGAGGGAAAUGAGCAGGAGGAGCAGGGCCGCCCCUGAAGCAUCGCUGCCGCAGCCCGGCCAGGAAGGAGCAGCACCGCUGCCUGCGGAGGAGCCGCCGUGCCAGGACACGGGCAGGAGCCCAGCUCAGUGCUGCUUCUCCAGGGAAGAGCUGCAGCAGAUCCUGCAGGAGCGGAACGAGCUGAAGACCAACCUGUUCCUGGUGCAGGAGGAGCUGGCCUAUUACCAGCGGGAGCUGCUGAACGAAGAGAGAAUCCCCAGCUUCUUCCUGGACGCGAUGAAAUCGACAAUCAAAAGGCAGAGAAGAAAAAUCAGAGCCAAGAUGCUGGGGACGGCGGAGGAAUCGGCGAGCAGUGGGGAGGUGAGGUGAUGGGGCACGUAGUCUGUACACAGCAUCCGACAGAGAGCCGUGGAAAUGGCCCUGGAGAUGUUCCCUGCGAGAUGUCUUUGGGCAGCACUGGUUCCAGCAUUGGGAGGGGAAGCGGAGCUGUAUCUUGCUGCCUUGCAGGGGCUUUAAUAAAGGUCUGAAGAGGGCUGAGCUCUUCUGUGCUGUUCCAACCUCCUGCUGCUGCUGCUUGCAUUGGGGUGCAGGGGGAUCUGUGCAACCUGGAGUGGAUCUGGGGCCGGAGCCGAGGCCACUUCCCAGCCCAUAAUGGUCCUGACUCUGCUGUCGGUGCUGCUUGGAGCCAGCAGGGCGGGUUUGCUCGCUCCUGGUUGGGACCUGCUGGGCUGGGCUGGUUGGAGUAGGGGUGGAUCGUCCCCACCUGCCCAAACCCUUUCUGAGAGCUGUGGGAGAGGCAGAACGAGAUUUUCAGGAGAGUAGGGAUUUCCCCCAGUCAGCACAGCUUGUUUUCACUUGUGCAGCCUCAGCACGCUGGUGGGAGCUGUGUCCUUGUACCCCCAGGAGGCUGAGUCACUGCUCACCUUCUGCCUGCCCCGCGUGGCUGCUGCCCUAGGAGCUCCUGCCCUGCUGUCCUUUGGGGUGCCAUCCCACUGUCCUGUGGGUCUGGCUGUCCCCAGCAUCGCCCCACGCUGCAGCUGGUGUUGCUGGUGGCAACCCCGAGGCUGAGCUCGAGCACAGCCCUGGAGGCUCUGCAGGGCUGGGGAUGUCCCCUUGCAGCCUCACUGGGCGAUGGCAGCAGCUGUGGUUCCCUUAGCAGGGUGCCAGGGCUGGGUGCCUGCAGACGGCAGCGUGGGCUGUGGCUUCGGCUGCUGCGGCCGGCUGGGACAAAGCAGCUGCUGAGCGAGUGCUGGGCUUCGGAGCUGCCUUCUGAGAAGAAACCUGUGGGCUGGGAACGCGGCUGGCUCUGGGACACGAGCGUGGGGGUGGCUUUGGGAAGCAACGGAUGGUGAGGGCUGGGGGAGCGCAGCACUCAGCCUGGG